CAGAUAAAAAUAAUAUACAACAGACUUUCACCCCGCAACACCAUUAAUGUGUACUCUCAACAUACCCGUUCCCGCUUAGUUUUUCUUUUAUGUUGUGAAACUGCAACUCAAACUUACUGUAUAAAAAUAAGCUUCUUACACUAAGACGCCGAGAUGGAUGCACAGGAGUUCAAAGAAGCGGCUAACGCCACGAUCGAUGACAUCAUCACCUACUUUGACACCCUCGGCUCCCGCAAUGUAGUCUCCACGGUUGAACCUGGCUACCUGCGCAAGCUCCUCCCUGAUGAAGCGCCGCAAGAAGGGGAGCCGUGGGCUGCCAUCCACAAGGACAUGGAGGCCAAGAUCAUGCCCGGCAUCACCCACUGGAACCACCCCAGCUUCCACGCCUUCUUCCCCUGCGCCAGCUCCUACCCCUCCAUCCUCGGCGAGCUCUACUCCGCCGCCCUGACCACCGCCGCCUUCAACUGGAUCUGCUCGCCGGCCGUCACCGAACUCGAAACCAUAGUCCUCGACUGGCUGGCCAAGACCCUCGGCCUCCCAGCCUGCUUCCUGUCCACCGGCCCGACGCGCGGCGGCGGCGUGAUCCAGGGCUCGGCCAGCGAGGCCGUGCUGACGGCCAUGGUCGCCGCGCGCGACAAGUACCUGCGCGAGACGGUCGCCGCCGCCGGGGAGGGGGGGCUGACCGAGGAGGAGCGCGAGGAGCGCGUCAUGGUCAAGCGCUCGCGCAUGGUCGCGCUGGCCACGACGCUGACGCACUCGAGUGCGAAGAAGGCCGCGCUGAUUUUGGGCUGCCGCUUCCGUGCGAUCCGCGUGCGUGAGGAGGACGGGUAUGCGUUGACCCGCGAGGGGCUCGCUGCGGAGCUGGCGGCGUGCAGGGCGCAGGGGUUGGAGCCGUUCUUUUUGGCGGCGACGCUCGGCACGACCGAUGUGUGCUCCGUGGAUGACUUUGAGGGCAUCAGCGCUGCGCUGGCUGACCAUGUGCCGCCCGGCGCCCCUGGUGAGGUGUGGGUGCAUGUGGAUGCGGCCUAUGCCGGUGCCGCACUGGUGUGUCCCGAGGUGCAGGAAUCGACGCGGAUCGGGCUGGUCAGUCGGUUUCAUAGCUUUGAUAUGAACAUGCAUAAGUGGCUGCUGGUCAACUUCGAUGCCAGCUGCUUCUUUGUGAGGAACCGCGAGUGGUUGGUGCAGGCCCUGAGCGUCAACCAGGCCGUGUACGGGAACAAGGCGUCCGAUGGCGGGUUGGUCACCGAUUACAGGGAGUGGCAGAUCCCAUUGGGGAGGCGGUUCCGGAGCUUGAAGAUAUGGUUCGUGCUCAGGUCGUAUGGAGUCAAAGGGUUGCAGGAGCACAUCCGGCGGACCAUCAAGAUGGGGGAGGGCUUUGCUGAGGCGCUCAGGGGCAGGUCUGAUCUAUUCGAGAUCGUGGCCGGGCCGAGUUUCGCGUUGACCGUGUUCCGGCUGGCGGCCAAGUCUGAGGGCGCAUCUCUGGAGGAGAGGAACGCGCAGACUAAGGCCCUGUAUGAGAAGGUGAACGCUACGGGCAAGAUGUGGCUCACGAGCACGGAGCUCGACGGCCGUUUCGCGAUUCGGUUGAUGACGGCCGUGAGGACUACCGAGACGGAACACAUCAAGACGGCGGUCAAGACACUGGUCGAGAUCGCUGAGGAGGUGCUCAGGGGGUGAUGAGCUUAGGAAAUGUGUACAUGAAACAUGAUAGA